GGCUGAAUCGAGUUGGGAGCUACUGUGCCUCUGUCUGGCCGACCAAUGCAGUGUGUAGGGACGGUCGCCCAGCCCGACGAAAACAUGAACGGAGCGGGGGAGCAGGUGGACAUCCUGUCUCCCAACUGCAUGGUAAAGGACCGAUGGAAAGUGCUGAAGAAGAUUGGUGGGGGAGGUUUUGGUGAGAUCUAUGAAGCAUUGGACCUGCUGACCAGGGAGAAUGUGGCUCUGAAGGUAGAGUCAGCCCAGCAGCCUAAACAGGUUCUCAAGAUGGAGGUGGCCGUCCUCAAGAAACUGCAAGGAAAAAAUCAUGUAUGUAAAUUCAUCGGAUGUGGAAGGAACGAGAAGUUUAACUAUGUGGUCAUGCAACUUCAGGGGAGAAACCUAGCAGACCUGAGGAGGAGUCAGCCUCGCGGCACCUUCACCAUGAGCACCACGCUACGCCUGGGCAAACAGAUUCUGGAGUCCAUAGAGGCCAUCCACUCUGUGGGCUUCCUGCACAGAGACAUCAAGCCUUCUAACUUUGCUAUGGGUCGACUCCCCUCCACCUAUAGAAAGUGCUUCAUGUUAGACUUUGGCCUGGCUCGCCAGUACACCAACACUACCGGAGAGGUUCGACCGCCCAGAACUGUGGCGGGAUUUCGGGGAACUGUUCGUUAUGCGUCAGUAAAUGCUCAUAAAAACAAAGAAAUGGGUCGUCAUGACGAUCUAUGGUCGCUAUUUUACAUGUUGGUAGAGUUUGCAGUCGGUCAGUUACCAUGGAGAAAAAUUAAAGAUAAGGAGCAAGUGGGUCAGAUUAAAGAGCGCUACGACCACAGAAUGCUGCUCAAACACAUGCCUUCUGAGUUUUACAUCUUCCUGGAUCAUGUUUUAGGCCUUGACUACUUCACCAAACCAGAUUACCAGUUGCUGAUGUCGGUCUUUGAGAACAGUAUGAAGGAACAUAUCAUCACAGAGAACGAGCCUUUUGAUUGGGAGAAGGGAGGGACGGAUGGAGUGCCUCUGUCCACCAGCACGUCAACGCCCCCUCAACAGAACACACGACAGACUCCCGCCGUGAUCGGGGUGGUGAACGUGACUCUGGUUCCUGGGGAGCUGCCGAGGGAGAACACAGAUGAUGUUCUACAAGACGAGCACCUGAGUGACCAGGAAAACGCUCCACCUGCAGUACCCAGCAGGCCUUGCGAGGGGACACCUCCCCAGAUGGAAGCCGAGGCGUGGAACGACACCGACUUAAACCGCAACCAACUCAGGAUCAGCAUCAGCAAGGGGAAGUUGGCUGUGGAGGAAGAGGAGCCUGCUAGAGGGACGUGUCCUGAUGCCCUCGUGGGUGGAGCUCCCCCAGAAAUGACUGGUGCUCAGGUCUGCGCUCUGCGGUACCGGAGGAUCAACAGCCCAGAGUCAGACCGUCUGUCCGCCGCAGACGGGAGACCAGACAUCUACGACAAACGAGGGUCUCGUAUGGACAUCCUGGGAUCCCCGUCCCGCCACGUGCAGUCCUCCCAGCCUGCCCAGAUGCACUCCCUGGAGGGAGGAGGUGGGGACCGGCAGGGUGGCAGUGGUAGACCUGGUCAAGAGGUCUCCGUAGCCUCUGUGGCCGACCCCGAGGCCCACAGUAACGCCUUCAUCCGGUCUGUACCACUCGCCGAGGAGGAAGACUUUGACAGCAAGGAGUGGGUGAUCAUCGACAAGGAGACUGAGCUCCAGGACUUCCUGGGUCUCCUGGGCCCAGGGGCUGAGCCCACCACCUCGGGGCCCACCACCGACGAGGAGCCUGAGGAGCUGAGGCCCCUAGACGAAAUGGAGGAGUGGAGGAGGUUACGGGGAGCUGGAGGUGGAGAGGUGGUGGUGAGGCCAAAGAUGCGAGCAGGAGGCAUUGGGGCGCAGCCAGAAGGGGAGGGGUCUAAUGGGGCCAGUCCUGGGUACCCAGGUUAUCACACUCUGCCUCAUAGCCGUGGACACAGACCACGGCCACAGUCGGAGUACUUUGGAGCUCACGGACAGGCCCUGGAGCAGAUCAGCCCAUACCAGGGUGGCAGUGGGGAGGACCUCAACUUCCAUGGUGUAGAGAGAGAGAGGCCUAAACUACCCACGCUGGCCCAGCAUCGCUUUCGACGGGUGGACUUCCUCUCUGCCAUGCUCACCGGCGCCGCCACCCUUCCACCACUCCAAACCUCAUUUGAGGUUGAUUCCAGAACAUGUGUUGAGCAGGAUCAGGAUGGGAAUGUGGAUGCUGCUGAAGUCGGGGCUGGGGCUGGGGCAGUGUCCAGCGGGGAUGGGAGCCCCAAGAGCAGCGAGCACAGCCAAGAGGGUGAUGAUGGAGCUCCCUCUACUCUCCUUGCAGACGAGCCUCCUCGGGAAUACCCUCGCCGGGCCUCUUCAGGAGUGGGGUUUGGUGGUGAUCCGGACCUGGAGCUGGAGGAAGGCUCCAAGACCCUGGUGCUCUUCUCCCCUGGAGAUGUGAGGAGGUCCCUUGCCGUGGUGGGUGACCUGCCCCCGGACGAUGCCGGGAGUCACCAGGGGACGCUGGCAGCCAUCACACCCCAGUGCGAGAAAGCUCUGGGACCUCUGGGAAGCCUGCUGGACGUGUCUGAGCCAGAUACUUUGUUCUCGCAGUUGAAGUCCGAGCCCAAACCGCCUUCGACGGCCAUCUCCGCCAUCCUGGUCAAUGUGGCGCCCAAUGUUGUUACUCCCACCAGCACCUCCCCUCCUUUCACCAAAGUAGAGCGGACAUUCGUACACAUUGCCGAGACUACCCACCAUAAUGUGAUGAGCUCCUCAGGGACUCUGCAGCUCAGGCUGCUGCUCCCUGGGCUGGUUGAGGAGCCCACAGACGAACAGGAGAACCACUCGGAGGAAGAGAAAGAGCAGGAUGUCUUGGAUGGAGAGAAAGAGAGGAGCAGGGAGAGCAGAUCCGAUGUGGACCAUUCAGACUUUGAGAAGGAGAGGGAAAGUGGAUCUGAGGGCAAGGUUCCAAACAGAGACAGUGAAGAGGGGAAUGAGAGUGGAUCUGAGGGCGAGGUUCCAAACAGAGACAGUGAAGAGGGGAGGGAGAGUGGAUCUGAGGGCAAGGUUCCAAACAGAGACAGUGAAGAGGGGAGGGAGAGUGGAUCUGAGGGCGAGGUUCCAAACGGAGACAGUGAAGAGGGGAGGGAGAGUGGAUCUGAAGGGGAGUUCCAAAAGACAUACGACGUACAGAGGAGGGAGAGUGGAUCAGAAAGCAACGUCUUUGAGAAAGACGAGGAAGGGGACGAAGUGAGCAGGUUUGAGGAGGAGGAAGAGGAAAAGAGAGAGAGUAGGUCCAAGGAGGAAGAUCCCGAGAGAGAAAUCCCAGGUUCCCCAGAGAGAGACAACAAGGCUAAGGAGGAGGAAAAGGAUGUUGCAAAGAAAGAGGUUGAGGAGUUAAUCCCCCCAGAAAAAGAGAUGGAAGAAGAGCCAGAACUUGGGGACGAAGCCCAGCCAGCGAUCCAGUCAAACCUCUCCUCUCCCAUUCUUGGUGCCCCAGAAGAACCUGAAGCCCAGGAUAUCCUGGCCAUUUCAAUAGAAACCAAGUUAGAGUCUGAGACAGAGGACACCCCUAUUGUCGUUUCGCCUGAGAUGGAGCCUGCCCAUGUGAUGUUAGCAGAGAAGGAGAGCCAGAUCCAUCUCGAACAAAACAAUGAGGCUUCUCCACAGGAGGAAACCAAGGACCCUGGUGAUCCAGAAAAAUUGGCAGAUGCCAGCAAACAGACCAGGCCUCAGAAAAUGAGCCGAAUCCCAGUUCUCUCUCGGUCUGAGGAGGACACCAGCUCGGACCAGGACCAGUCGGCGGCGUCCCAGUCAUUCAAGUCUCGUCAGAGGGCCAAGCGACCUCACCUAGCCCGGCUGGUCAUGGAAAGGAGGCAAGGUCGCAUGCUAAGACUGGCUUCUGUUUCCUCUGCGUCCUCUGCGGAUGAUGGCUGUAAAGUUCCAACAGAGAUCCAGUCAGAGGAAGACACCCAUGAUGAGGACAACUAUCUGCCCAGGAAGGAGAGGGGAAUUUGGGGGGAGAGGAGUGAGGGGCGUCAAAGGAGCAGAAUACCCCGUCCUGUCACGGCUGUUAAGCUACAGGGAUCCUCUGUUACACCAUUUCAUGCUGUCUCCCAAACUGGCCCCAGUGCUAAUCUCCACAAACCCCAACUUUCAACUAUAUAUGCUAGGCAUCAAUCUCACAAAACUAGGACCCCAAGAAUAAAUGUUCCACUGCACCAGAGGUCCCAGACGCUGCAGUCCCGACCCGGACCCGGGACAAACUCCUCCUUCUUAUUCUCCACCCCCCAGACCCCCCUGCGUGGGGUCAUCUCCCGAACCCCUCUCUCUGCAUGCCCCUCCCCCCGUAGCCUCAGCACCUCCCCCUGUUGCUACUCCACUUCCCGGACCGACAGCCCCUCCCCUCAGCGCCCACGCCGGGGGGCUGCAGUUACAGAAGUCCGGAGGCAGCUCAUAUCCGUGCGGGCGCAGACUGCACUUCCUCUAAAACCCAGACCGCCUCAAACCGAUGAUUCCUCAGCCCCUGGGACGCCCAGGAGGCGAGGCAAACUUUACCCGUUGUCAUCUACAUCCACACCCACCAAGGGGAAGUCAGAUGCUUCUGAGAGCAAGACAACCACCAGAUAAUAUAGCCUAGCUUAG